CCCGAGCCGGGAGCGCAGCCUGGCGAGCGGGCGGCUGGAGGCGCGGCGCUGGGCGGCGCCGAGGCCCAGGGGCCGCCGGAGCCUGCGUGAACCCGUCCCGGUCGUCUCCCCUCGCCCCCCACCCUGUCACCGACAGCGGUCCCUGCGGCGCGGACGUCCGGUGCGCGAGAAAAAGGUCCUGAAGAUGGCAUAGUAAUAACAGAGGCACCUUCUAAGGAUCGGGAGCAUCUUGACCCGUGGGAGCCUGCCCGGGCCAGUGGCACCGUGUUGAGCUGAAGGAACUUGUCUACUGCGUUCCUGAAAACCUCUUUCUCUCCUAAUUCAUGAGCCAGCAGGAUGCGGUCGCUACACUUUCAGAACGCCUUCUCAUAGCUGCGUACAAAGGCCAAGCAGAGAAUGUGGUUCAGCUCAUCAACAAGGGCGCCAAGGUAGCAGUUACCAAGCAUGGCCGGACCCCCCUUCAUCUUGCUGCCAAUAAGGGUCAUCUUUCUGUGGUCCAGAUCUUGCUGAAGGCUGGCUGUGACCUUGAUGUCCAGGAUGAUGGGGAUCAGACCGCCUUGCACCGGGCCACAGUGGUGGGGAACACGGAUGUCAUCGCGGCGCUCAUCCAGGAGGGCUGUGCUCUGGACCGCCAAGACAAGGACGGGAAUACGGCCCUACACGAAGCAUCCUGGCAUGGUUUUAGCCAGUCAGCCAAACUGCUCGUUAAAGCAGGAGCCAAUGUGCUUGCCAAAAACAAGGCGGGGAACACCGCUCUGCACCUGGCCUGCCAGAACAGCCACUCCCAGAGCACCCGCGUCCUCCUGCUGGGCGGGUCCCGGGCCGACCUCAAAAAUAAUGCAGGCGAUACCUGUUUGCACGUUGCCGCACGCUAUAAUCACUUGUCCAUCAUUAAGCUCCUCCUCAGUGCUUUCUGUUCUGUCCAUGAAAAGAACCAGGCUGGAGACACAGCGCUUCAUGUUGCUGCGGCCCUAAAUCACAAGAAGGUGGUUAAAAUCUUACUGGAAGCUGGAGCAGAUGGGACCAUUGUUAAUAAUGCAGGCCAGACUCCACUGGAGACUGCCCGCUACCACAAUAAUCCAGAAGUUGCUCUUCUCCUCACUAAAGCUCCCCAGGUCUUACGCUUCAGUCGUGGGCGAAGCCUGAGGAAAAAGAGAGAGAGGCUCAAGGAAGAGAGGAGAGCUCAAUCUGUGCCAAGAGAUGAGGUGGCACAAAGCAAGGGAAGUGUCUCAGCCGGAGACACCCCCAGCAGUGAACAGGCUGUACCCAGAAAAGAAGAGGCCAGAGAAGAUUUCCUGUCUGCCUCCCCAGAGCCCAGAGCAAAGGACAACAGGCAGAGAAAGUCAAGGCCCAAGGUGUCAGCAUUUUCUGACCCCACCCCACCAGCAGACCAACAGCCUGGACGCCAGAAGGACGCGCAUGCACAUAAUCAUCCUAAAAAGAGGCCCAGGCACCGAUGCUCCCCCCCGCCCCCUCCCCAUGAGUUCAGAGCGUACCAGCUCUACACGCUGUACCGGGGCAAGGACGGGAAAGUGAUGCAGGCACCGAUAAAUGGUUGUCGAUGUGAACCCCUAAUCAACAAGCUGGAGAACCAGUUGGAGGCAGCUGUGGAGGAGAUCAAAGCAGAGCUGGGGUCAGUUCAGGAUAAAAUGAACACAAAGCUGGGACAUAUGGAGAACAAGACCCAGCACCAGAUGCGCGUUCUGGACAAGCUGAUGGUCGAGCGGCUCUCAGCGGAGAGAACAGAGUGCGUGACCCGCCUGCAGCAGCACUCGGACGCCGAGAAGCACGAGGGAGAGAGGCGACAGAUGUCAUUGGUGGAUGAAUUAAAAACCUGGUGCAUGUUAAAGAUUCAGAAUCUGGAGCUGAAGCUUUCUGGAGAUUCUAGGGCCUCUAGGACCAAAUCCAUACCAUCUACUUGCGAGUCCUCUACAGGUGUGGAUCAAUCAGUGGUCACUGCAGGUCCAGUAGCAGCUUCUGACAGUUCUCCUCAGGUGGUGAGGCCCAAGGAAAAGGCCUUCAACCCCACUGCUCCCCACAGAAUACAGCAGGAGCUGUCUUCCUCAGACUGUACGGGUUCCCGGCUGAGGAAUGUCAAGGUCCAGACAGCCUUGCUACCCUUGAAAGAGGCAGCCAAAUGUGAUCAGCAGGCUGGGCCCUGUGUAGACAGAGGCACCCAAACCAGGAAGUCUGGGAAAAGCGGGCAAACAAGGCAUCGGACCCAGCAGCCAGCACCCAGCAACCCCUGUGGGCCGCCACCAGCAACAGGCAGCGAGCAGACCGCCCCUCACACUCGAGAUGCCUCCCAAGCUCUGGAGAUUACCCAGUAUUUUUUUGAGGCUGUUUCUACCCAGAUGGAAAAGUGGUAUGAAAGGAAGAUUGAGGAAGCGCGAAGCCAAGCCAGUCAGAAGGCCCAGCAAGACAAGGCCACCUUGAAGGAACAUAUUAAAAGCUUAGAAGAAGAACUUGCUAAACUAAGGACAAAGGUGCAGAAGGACAAUUAGGACCUGGGGCGCGGCACAGGAAGGGAUUCUUGAUGAUUGCUGGCUUUGCAGCUCUAGAAGAGCUAUGCCCAAGGUGUCCAUUAUCGUGCACGCAGUAGACUUGUCUUUCAAAAAAAGUCACAUUUCUGAGAUGUACCAGACCCAUGCUUCCUAUGCCCUGAAGUUAUGAUGACUUCAACAGUGAGACUGAAACCGGGGGACGCUUGCUUAGUUUCAGGUUUCAUUACAAACUCAUAACCUCAGUCCAGGCUCAUCUGAGGUUCAAAAGCUCAGAUUAAGUGAGCCACGCUUAGAAACUGACGAUCUGUAGAGUCUAAACCCUAAAAUUCAGGAUGUAUGAAAUAAUACAAAUCGAAAGGAAGAAGAAAAACGAAUCCCUUGUGAAUGCCAGUAGUCAUUCAUGUGGCGUGCACCUGCUGGGCCCAGAGAGGGCUAUCUUUCUGUGAGCGCUGUGGCUGAGAUGCGCAAAGUCCCCUCUCAAAUUCCUACUUCUCAAAAGGCUGACCUUUUAACCAGAUGAAAACUUAUCGAAUAGAUUUCGAGGAAAAAAAGAUUUUCAUAAUGUCACUAGAUCCAGCAUAUCUUAAAAUAUUUUGCAAAGUCAGAGGGUAUUUAAAAUAAUGAGGAAUUGGUGAAAAGCACUGGGAAUAUUUGUUAAUAAACUCAAAUGAGAAAGGUUCAAAUCAUUGGGUCAUUGUUUCUGUAUUUUCAGCCAAAAUACAGCAAUACUACAAUUGAUUAAUCCUACUGAUUUUAAAGAUUAAUGGAAAAACAUUCAUCUAACAAUGACCUGAAGCUUCUACCCUCAAUCACUCCCAAUUAUCCAAGAGUACCUUUCUAAAUUUGAGCUUUUUGGUCUACAUUUUAUAAAGAAGUAAGGCUAUUUCCCGAAAGUAUUUCACUUCUAAUUGUGUCCUGUCAUUGAUGAGCCUCAAAAGUUUCCCACUGCUUUGCAGUGAUUCUGUCAAGGUAAAAUAAUUCAGUAACUUGAUCUAGACCCCACUGUUCCCCAGCUUUGUGGAGCCCCAAGGAUUUUACUCUGCUCUAUGGAGUAUAUGAAGUUAUAGAAGUAGCUUGGGUAUGUUGAAAUUUUGGAUUUUUCUGCUUCUUGUCCCUUGGUAUGUGGGAUUAUAUUCAUCUCCUCCAGAUUCCACGUAUGCACAGAAAUCUCCAUUCUGUUUCUAACAACACAGGAACUGAGUAACUACUGUCUCUAAUGUUGAAUAAAAUGUUGCUCAUUGAGCCAUAGAGAAAAUGAUUUCCUGACAUGGGCACACCCAGAAAAACAGUUAUGUUUAUAGUCCCUUUGUUUUUGCCUAAUCAAGCUCGCGGUUAUUUUUGUUUUUAAUAGUGACAAUCUAUGGACAGAGGCAUUCCUAACAAAUCUAGAUCUAGAUGUAGGUCACCAUUACACAACCCGGAUAGGCAAUCAAUUUAAUGUCCUCUCGAGCUGACGUUCAUGUCUGUGAGCUUGUCUUGUUCCUCAACUACCAUUCAGGAUGUGUUAUUGUUCCCCAGAGACUCCUGUUACCCUGCUCGGUGGGGAGGCGCCUUCUCUCUUCAUUCCCCUCUGCGCCUCCAGGCAGAACCACACAACUGCAGUGGGAUGGUGCCUUCAGUGUCUCUCGGGUCAUGGGCAGCUUUAGAAUCCUUCCUCAACACACAUCAGUUUCUUGAGAACUUGCCCGAUACUCAGAGCUGAAAUCCUGAGAUACUCCGUAAGUUGUAGUCUAAGCAGUUCUUUUCACUUACCACAUAUCUCCUGUUAUCCCAAGGAGUAUCCUUGUUGAGAAAUGCUGAAAACAAAUUAAAUUUUAUCUCAACCCCAGAGUGCUUUGGAAGGAAGGAUUUUGAUUAUGUCACCUCUACCCAUCAGAAGCAGGCAGCUUAUCAUUAUGAACUGGGUAUUUCUGUCCAAGUCACAGGGAGGAGACUAGGGAGGAAUGAGGAGUCGAAGGCACCUGGUCUGGCAGAGUACACGGACCCUUCUCUGACAGAAGGGAACCCAGUAGAGGCAAGGAAACAGAACACCAUCAGUUGGCCUCCUAACCCAAACUGGUGGCAGAAUCUCAAGACCAACAGCUUAUUUUAAAAAACUGGGUUUUUGUUCUUUAGUAUUGUCAAAAAUUCAACUUUGGGUCUGAUGGGUAUCUUUCCUUAUUUUUCCCUGAUGCUAUCUGCUAAAAUGAGCAAAUGCCACAAUAGUACUCUUCCAGAGAAGCAAAACCAUUCAUUGAAAGUCUGUCAUGUGGGUCGUGUUUGAACCGGAGAUUGGAACUUUCAAUAGCUAUGGGGAAAAAUGUAAAACACAGAAAGGUUGUAGAAUACUGAAGUGGGGUUUUUAUUAGUGAAUUAUUGCAUUGAGUAAAGUAGAAUCUGUGGUUAGAUUGAAUAUAGUUCUAAUCUUACUUUUGACUUUGGGAGCCCAAAAUAAAGGAAUUGAUGUUUUCAUGCUUAAAUCUUUUUUUUUUUUCCAGUCAAGCGCUGAUACUUGAGAGGUAUGUUGUCUUCUAUUUAAUAUUUUUAUUACCUUGAAUUUGUCUCUUUCAAACAUUAAACAUUUUUUAAAAA